UUACCAGUAUUGCAAGAUAAAAUGCAAAUUCAUGAUUAUACAAAGCUUUUUUUGUUGUUCAUUUUAUACAGUUUUUCUUUAUUUAUGAACUCAUCAAAGGUGUGCAGAGAGAUAAGACGAUUACAACAGAUCUUACCUCUGCUUCACCCGGUGAAAUGAAGAAGUGUUGAUUUCACCAUCAUGAUACAGCUUUAAAACUCUGCUGCUGCCAAACAAAGUUUAUUCUGAGGUUAGAAGAGCUUCUUUCUGCCGUCAGACAUGAGUCCCAAUCAGAUUUUCAUUCUGUUGAUCAUCAUUCCUCCUGCUUUCUUUCAGUCAGCGAGGGGGAAAGACUGUGUGUGUGAUCUAAAAAACUCAGAACCUGCUUUUCCUGACCACAAACUAACCAAAGUAGAGGCCACUGCCAAACAAUGCAUCAGGACCAUCACUUCAGAGAAGAUGAUGGAAAUGGACAUACUCGUUUUGGGUUUACAACAACGCAUCACACAACUAGAUGAAAAUAUGGCCAAGCUGGAAAAUGAGGACAACAGCAAGCUGUACGGGGCUGUUUCUAUGCGGAUCAUUGAUUUGGAGAUAGCCGAAAUUCAGAAUCUCCUCGACAAACUCAACGCCACCACCAAGGGAUACAAUCAUCUCAGCAUACAGACUGCAGAUCAGCUUGAAGAUAUGAAGGACACAAUGGAAGACCUGGAGAAGUUUGACAACAUGCAGGUAGUAAAGAAAGAUCGAGAGAACCAGCGCUAUAAGAAACAACUGGAAGAAUGCAAAGAUGAGCUCGAGGCCACGUUACCACCUCCUACAGUUCUUCCAGGCCGCUGCGGUCUGGGUCGUUUGGUCAAAGUAGCGGGACCUAGAACGUAUUCGCUCACGGUAUACAGCACCUCGUAUACUUAUGGUGCUUGGGGUCGAGAUGUAAAUCCUGCUCCUGGAGAUGAGAACAAAUACUGGCUGGUGGUGCUGUACACUAGUAAUGUAUACGGCAACUUCAUCCGGCAGUACAGUACCUUGAGUACCUUUUUAUUAAAUAUAGGUCCUAUAGAUACUUACAUAGCAGGCUCAAAUCCUACAACAAAUACAAUUCAGGGUCCAAACAUGGUCAUGUAUGCCAACGCGCUCUACUAUAACUGCUACAACUCAUACUCUGUCUGUCAGUUCAACAUGACAACUAAAUCUGUCAACACUGUAGCUUUACCCAGUGAUACAGGUUAUAGCAGCAAGUUUCCAUUCGCACACCUUGGCCAUACAUAUGGUUAUACAGACAUGGAUUUUGUCACAGAAGAAUCAGGCGUCUAUGUUAUAUACGCAACCACAAGCAACUUUGGAAAUGUGGUGAUUAGUAAAGUUGAGACUAGUACCCCGCCUGUUUUGGGCCAAACUUGGUCCACUUCUCUUCACAAAAGGACCGUCACAAACACUUUCAUGGUGUGCGGUGUGCUUUAUGCGACUCGAUACCUGGAUAAAGAAACAGAAGAGAUCUUUUACUCCUAUGACACUAAAACCAACAAAGAGCGCUAUGAUUUGAGAAUUCACAUUAAGAAGAUGCAGGCUAAUAUCCAGUUUCUAAACUAUGACCCUAGAGAUCAUUUGCUGUAUGCAUACAGCGAUGCCUACAUUGUGACUUACGAGCUCGUCUUUCAGUAAUGAACUGGAUUUGGGACAUGCUAGUAUGGCUACAUAUCAUUUCAUAUUCAGGAAAAUUAUGCAAUAAUACAGUUGAAUAUAAUGAUUGAAUUAAGAUGCUACUGCAAGGCUGAUGUUGCCAUUUCUAAACAAACAAACACCUAAGUUAUAGGCAUUUUCCAUCAAAAAUUUACUUUUUGAGUCAAAAAAAACAUUUACAGGCAAGACACUAUUAAUUUUGAGGUGUCAUGAAGUGAGCGUUUGGAGCCAAAUCAUUCCAAAAAACAAUAUAUUUACAAACUAUAAUACAUACAUCCACAACACAAUCCGCAUUUAUAAAAUCCAAUUUGCAACUUCAAAACGCAUUUCAAAAUUACACAAAUCCAAUUGGUAAAUUCAAAACGCGAUUCAUAAAUACACAAAUCCAAUUCGUAAAUUCAAAACGCGAUUCAUAAAUACACAAAUCCAAUU